GAGGCGGCCGGCCAUGGGUGCCUGCUCAGAAGACGCCCACCUGUGCGGGGCCUCCUGGCUCCUGCAUGUCACCAGCCUCCUCCUCAGUGUCUGCAGCGCUGUGACCCAGAGUCCUGGAGCCCGUGGGUCUGCUCUGGACGAUUCUGGAAACCCUGUUCCUCUGAAGGGGACUCUGGGAGCUUCUGUGUUGUUUCACAUGAUUAAAAAUCCAGAAUUACCUCCAGGAGCCAAGCUGGAGAGUAUUACUUGGGGCAUUAUAAAUCAAAAAAUCUACACACCCGUACUACAAGUUAGUCCAGGGGGAGAUGUUCUACGAUGGGUCAACUUCCAGGACAAGUUCCAGAAGAGGGUCCACGUGCUCAACACAACGACCCUGAGGAUUGACAACCUGACCCCUGAGGACAGUGGGCUGUACCGGGCUCAAGAGUCCUAUACGAGAGGAAGACAAUAUGACCAGGAUUUCCACCUGACGGUCUAUGAGCCUGUGCCCCUUCCCCAGAUCCAGACCACGGAUCUGUCCCUCACACCAGGCUGGUGCAACCUCACCUUGGAGUGUGUCCUUACGAGAACCAGGGAGGACCUGACGGUGUCCUGGGAGAGCAAGGGUCUCCCCAGGGAGCUGGAGCAGAGACCGGCCCCAGGACCAUCCCCCAACCCCUGGACACUGGCUGUGAACCUGCCCCUGAGUCGGCCCAGAACCAGCAUCACCUGUGUGGUCAGCAACCAGGGGGACCAGAAAACUGUCACCCUGGAACUUGGGGACGUCUGUGAUCAUGGACAGACCAGUGCUGCCCACUUGCGAAACAUCCUGGUGCCUGUUGUGGCCGUGCUGCUGAUCCUCAGAGCUGGGCUGUACCUUUGGAAGAAACAUGGGAAUAAGAAGACCAUGGAGCCUGGGAGAGGGACAGGAUCACAGGAGGAGACCAGGGACCCAGAUGGUGGCAUCCACUAUGCAGAGCUGAGCCAGCAGGAGUCUGGAGACCACAGGGACAAGGGUAGGGGAGAACCACAUCUAGAAGAGGAGAACUCUCUCUCUACUGUCUACAGUGAGGUCCGCAGGCCAGGCCAGGACAUGACCAUGAUUUAAUGGGAAGAAGCAUGAGACUCCCACCCUGGGGACCCCUGUCUCGUGAGUAUGAUGCCCACAGCUCUGGUCCUGCCUCUUCCACCUCCGAUGGCUCUGAGCAGGACUGGUUGGAUCCAGCAGUUCUUUCUGUGCUAAAUCCUUGUGCACAAGCUCCCCGUGAGACACACACUGGUAGAUCGGGGGAAACUGAGUAAAUAAAU